GCAUCGGUGUGCCCAUCAUGCUGGCGUACGUGUACGGCGUGGUGCCCAUCUCUCUGUGUCGCAGCGGGGGCUGUGGUGUCUCCGCCGGUAACGGGAAAGGAGUCCGCAUCGAGUUUGACGACGAGAACGAGAUGAACGUAAGGAGCGGGGCGCAAGCUACCGGUACGUCACACACACACACACACACACACACACACACACACACACACACACACACACACACACACACACACUGAGGAACCUCAUGUGUUUAGUCUGAAUCAUUUGUGGGAGCUGACUAAUUGUGACUGGACUCUGAUGAGCUCUGCCUCUCUAAAGGAGGAGAAUGUUCUGCCAGUUGUCUGUUGUCUAAAGGGUUUGACGUCUUUUCUAGAAGAUCUGCAAAGGCCAUAGAAUGCAGUGAACCGACAAGAGAAAGGCCUUGCUGCCGAAGCCUUGACAAUAAAGUCUCCAUCCUCCUGUUUUUCAAUAGUGUAGAGCAGUGGUUCCCUCCUCCAGUCCUCCAGUACCCCCCCAACAGUCCUCCAGUACCCCAACAGCCCAACUCCAGUCCUCCAGUACCCCCCCAACAGUCCUCCAGUACCCCAACAGCCCAACUCCAGUCCUCCAGUACCCCCCCAACAGUCCUCCAGUACCCCAACAGCCCAACUCCAGUCCUCCAGUACCCCCCCAACAGUCCUCCAGUACCCCAACAGCCCAACUCCAGUCCUCCAGUACCCCCCCAACAGUCCUCCAUACCCCAACAGCCCAACUCCAGUACCCAUACCCCCCAACAGUCCUCCAGUACCCCAACAGCCCACUCCAUCCUCCCACCCCCCCAACAUCCUCCAGUACCCCAACAGCCCACUCCAGUCCUCCAGUACCCCCCACCCCCUACCCCGCUCCUCCAGUCUCAGCCCCAACAGCCCACUCCAUCCUCCGUACCUCCAACAGCCCACUCCAGUCCUCCAGUACCCCAACAGCCCUACUCCAGUCCUCCAGUACCCCCACAGCCCAACUCCAGUCCUCCAGUACCCCAACAGCCCAACUCCAGUCCUCCAUUACCCCCAACAGCCUCUCCAGUCCUCCAGUACCCCAACAGCCCAACUCCAGUCCUCCAGUACCCCAACAGCCCACUCCAGUCUCCUCCCACGUACUCUCCCCAUACCCAACAGCCCACUCCAGUCCUCCGUACCCCAACAGCCCAACUCCAGUCCUUUCCAGUACCCCAACAGCCCUACUCCAGUCCUCCAGUACCCCCCAACCCACAAGUCCCAACAGCCCAGCCUCCAGUCCCACCCCAACAGCCCACUCCAGUCCUCCAGUACCCCCCAACAGCCCCUAACUCCAGUCCUCCAGUCCCCCAACAGCCCACUCCAGUCCUCCAGUACCCCCCACCGUCCUCCAGUACCCCCAACAGCCCAACUCCAGUCCUCCAGUACCCCCAACCAGUCCCUCCAGUACCCCCAACAGCCCCAACUCCAUGUCCUCCAGUACCCCCAACAGCCCAACUCCAGUCCUCCAGUACCCCCCCAACAGCCCAACUCCAGUCCUCCCAGUACCCCCCAACAGCCCAACUCCAGUCCUCCAUACCCCCCCACACCCACCAGUACCCCCCCCAACAGCCCAAACUCCAAGUCCUCCAGUACCCCCCAACAGCCCCAACUCCAGUCCUCCAGUACCCCCCCAACAGCCCUACUCCAGUCCUCCAGUACCCCCAACAGCCCUACUCCAGUACCGCCCAACUCCAGUCCUCCAGUACCCCCCCCAACAGCCCAACUCCAGUCCUCCAGUACCCCCCAACAGCCCAACUCCAGUCCUCCAGUACCCCCAACAGCCCUCCAGUACCCCCCAACAGCCCAACUCCAGUCCUCCAGUACCCCCCAACAGCCCAACUCCAGUACCCCAACAGCCCAACUCCAGUCCUCCAGUACCCCCCAACAGCCCAACUCCAGUCCUCCAGUAACCCCAACAGCCCAACUCCAGUCCUCCAGUACCCCCAACAGCCCUCCAGUACCCCCAACAGCCCAACUCCAGUCCUCCAGUACCCCCAACAGCCCAACUCCAGUCCUCCAGUACCCCCCAACAGCCCAACUCCAGUCCUCCAGUACCCCAACAGCCCAACUCCAGUCCUCCAGUACCCCCCAACAGCCCAACUCCAGGACUGCAGUUUGGCUGUUAGGGGUAGUGGAGGACUGUAGUUGGAAACCACUGCUCUGGGGUAGAAAUGGGGGAGUCUUGUCUCUUUUUUUUUUUUUUUUUAAGAGCGUCUCUGAUGAACUCCUCCUCUCUCCCCUGUCUCCUCAGACACGACCUCUGUGGCGGACACGAGGAACAACCCCAGCAUCGGAGAGGGCAGCGUGGGGGGUAUGACUGGCAGUCUGAGUGCCAGCGGGAGCCACGUGGACCGGAUGGGCGCCACGAGGGACAACCUGAGUGAGAACGCCUCCACCAUGGCGCUGGCUGGGGCCAGCAUCACCGGCUCUCUGUCUGGCAGCGCCAUGGUCAACUACCUAAAC